CUACUCAUUUUUGAAUGUGGCUAUUUUUUAGGACCAUUUAACAUUUUCAAAUCAUGUCCAUUAUUAUGAUUAUCUUUUUUUUCACAUACUAAGUGCUUUUAUCAAGUUUUGUAUGAUUCUGAUAAGGUAAAAAAAAAAUUAUAAAUUCCGAAUACUUCACUCAUCUCUGUGUUGUUUUCUUCUGGCAGGACGGCGGAUCUGGCGUUACUCAGGCUCUGAUCUGGACCCUGGGUUCCCCAUGAAGAGCAGUGAUCUGGGUUUGCCGAAUCACUCUGACUGUGCCUUCUUCUACCAUCCUCUGGGACACAUGGUGCUCUUCAGAGGAUCCCGCUACUAUGUCCUGAACCUGGAGUCUCUCAGCGUGGAGCCGUACUAUCCUCGUGCCCUGCAGGACUGGAAGGGGCUUCCACGCGGACUCAACGGGGCCUUGACUCGACCGGACGGAAAGCUGUAUUUCUUUAAAGAGCAGCAGUACUGGAGGUUUGAUCCUGGAAAGGUGCGGAUCACUGCAGGAUAUAAUUGCUUAUAA